AUAAAAGAUCUCGCUCAUAACAUAAAUUAUUUGUAAAAUCUACUUCUAAGGUGUACAAUAUUUUAAAAACAUUUUAGUGUUUAUGUGUAUUUAGCGAAAAUUUAGUGCGUUUAGCGAGAGCUUCAGAUUCGGUUUCAAGCAAAGUGCAAAAGAACAUCGUGUAUUCAAUAUUUCAUUGAAGUAUUACAUUAUUUUGUAUAUAUUUCAACAUGGCAACUACUUUUAAUGAAAUAAAAAUCUUUGCCGAUACGAUGGAUGAUAUGGAUAUUAUAAGGACUAUGACUAGUACUACGAUAGAUCACGGAAAAGCCUUCUAUAUUGUGGAUAUCGGUAACGUCAUUCAAAAGCAUCAAGAAUGGAUUACCAAGAUGCCUAGAGUCAUUCCACACUUUGCAAUUAAAUGCAAUCCGGAUCCAAUGAUAAUAAAAGUUCUCGCGGCUUUGAAUGCCGGUUUUGAUUGUGCAUCCAAGCAAGAAAUAGAGCAAGUGAUGCGACACGGAGUGCACGGUGAUCGAAUUAUUUUUGCGCAUCCUGCCAAAUAUCCGUCUCACAUAAAGUACGCCAAAAAGAUGGGAGUCGAGCAGAUGACAGUCGACAGUGAAAGCGAGUUGUUUAAAAUUAAGGAUUUCUUUCCCGAAGCUAAGAUCGUUAUACGUAUACGCUGCGAUGCGAAGAAUACGCCGGUAGUAUUGGGAUUGAAAUUUGGCUCCGAAUCCGAGGAAACUAUGAGUUUGAUACAGCUCGCGAAACAUCUCGAUUUGAAUCUAUACGGCUUCAGUUUCCAUGUCGGUAGCCCGUGCGGAGAGAUGGAGGCUUACGCAAGAGGGAUCGAAUUGUGCAAACAAUUAAUUAACACCUCCAAAGCAAUUGGACACGAGAAUGUGCAGAUGAUCGACAUCGGCGGUGGAUUUCCCGGAGAGAGUGGAACAAAUGUCGAUAUGUUCGCCACUAUUAUCAACGAUGCGAUACAGGAUCUUGAUCCUAGUAUAAGAGUCAUCGCGGAACCAGGAAGUUACUACGUAACUUCCAGCUUCACUUUGACUGCAUUUGUGCAUUCCAAGAGAAUUAUUCCAAAGAACGGCGAAACGAUGAGAAUGUAUUACAUAAAUUGCGGUGUGUUCAGUUCUUUUAUAGAUGAACUGUUAGGUAUACAAGCUAGAGUCCCGCUAUUGCUUUCCGAGCCAGUAAACCACGAAAAAUUCCUUUCAAGUAUAUGGGGACCGACUGCCGACUCGUACGAUUUAAUUGUUAAGGAAGUGAUGUUGCCCGAGCUUCAAAUAGGCGAUUGGUUGAUUUGGAAGGAUAUGGGUGCUUACUCUAUAGCAGUUGCUACUACAUUCAAUGGAUUCCCAAUCCCCAUUGUGAUACCAAUUAUUAGGAAGAGUCAAUGGGAAAAUUUUAAAGCGCAAAUUGAUUCUAUGUAAGAAUUCCUUUCUGCAAAAAUCCAUCGAGCAAUACAAUUUAAUGAGAAUAAUAGAAUAAAUUCUUAUAAUGAAAGAUAAAGCUUCGUUAAAAAUAAAAUUAAUUGUAUUAUGAAUUUAGUUUUUUAUAGUCCAUAAAAAAUAUUAAAUUAGACUUUGCGACGUGUGUACUUGAUAUCUAAUGAAUUUAACCAGGUGAUAGCAAAACUAAUUAUGCAUUAAUUAAAACAUAUUAUCAAACACUACUUUUCUAAUUUAAUAUGAUAUAUUGAUUUACAUCAAAAGUAUAAGUAAUAUAUACAUAGUAUCAUGAUAUUUUAAAAGAAAAAAUGAUAGAGAUAAGAAGAGAGGUGGUACAAAGCAAAAAAAUGUAUGCCAACACUGUGUUCAACACAUAUACAACAUACACAUGUAUAACAUACGCUAUAGUCAAAAAAUUUAGGAAGUCAUCAAAUUGCUUCGCGUUAAACAAGGCUAAUGAUGUUUUGGAUUUUAGACAAUUUAAUUAUUUAUUAUUAAAAAUUACGUAAUAAUAAUGUAGUUAACUAUGUAAUAAUUUAGCUAACUACGUAAAUUACACAAAUGAUGUUCUCUGCUUUAUCUCUCUCGAGUCUAUAUUUCAAAAUAGAUUUUAAUAAUUUAAUAGAGUUUAAUAAUUAAAAUAAAAAUUUUUUAAAAUAUUAUUUUAGCACUAUAUUCUUCUACAUAUGAGAGAUUUGAUCUAAUU